CAGCCGGGGCCGGGCGGCAGCAGUGGCAGCAGCAGCAGAAGUCAGUCGCUCCUGUGGUACUUCGGAGUUACCACUAGCAGCCAGUACCAGUCGGAGUACUUGUAUGUUCCUGUGCCGUCGUGUGUUACUUUCUGGCCGUUAACGGGAGCUGAGUGUGUCGUCGUGAGUGUGAUGGAACUGGACAAAAUGGACGAGAACGACUGGAAGUAUCACGGAGAGGGGAACAAGAGCCUGGUGGUCUCACACGUACAGCUUUCCAGAGUUCUACGCCUGCUCAAGUAUCCGGCCGAGAACUCUGAAAAUCCACCACAGACGGUGGAACAGGCCUUCCGGCAGAUCCAGAACAUUGUUGACUUCAGCUCCAAUGUGAUGAGCAGCCUGCUGGGAGAGAAGUUCAUCCACAGUGGGGAAGUGGUCAAACUGCCGCUGGAGUUUGUACGACAACUGUCAAUCAAAGUUCAACAUCAAAGACCUGCCUGGCGCUGUGAUAAGGUGAUGGACAUCUACAGCGGCUGUGCUCUCUGUUUGCCCAACCUGACAUCUCCAGCACUCCACCCAUCAACACACACUCCUCCACUCUGCAUCGAGAUCAAGCCUAAAUGUGGUUUCCUGCCAUCCUCCAAACAUGUCAGCAAAGACAUCAAGACCAAAGUGUGUCGCUUCUGCAUGCACCAACACUACAAGGUGGCCAAUGGGAAGUGGAAGAGACGCAGUCUGUACUGUCCUCUAGACCUGUUCUCAGGGAACAGACAGAGAAUGCACUUUGCCAUCAGACACCUGAUAGAAGAACCUCAGAACAACUUCAAAAUCUUCAAGGGCGGUCAGUGUAUCUACAGCAGUAAGGAGGGCAGUGACGACUCCUUGGACCUGAACUCUCUGCUGCAUCAUCUCAGACCAUACUUCCUGUACGGAAACAACCGAAUCAACAGUCACAUGAACAGCAAAGCUGUCCUGAACGACUUCAUCCAGGUCCUGGUGAACGCCCUGCUGAGUGGUGGAGGAGGGGAUGGAGGGGUGGUGACAGACAGACGAGGAGAAGGGCGGAGCUUCUGUGAAGCAAGUCUGUUCAACAAGGAGAGAAUUCGCCACGGCUCUCAGGGUUUACCCAGCGACAGUGUUUUGUUCAGGAUUCUUCAGACUCAGAUGUUGGACACACUGGACAUUGAGGGACUUUACCCUUUGUACCGCCGUGUGGAGCAACACCUGCAGGACUUCCCCAAGGAGAGAACUCGUCUUCAGAUGGACGGGCCGUACAACGAGGCCUUCUUGGAGAAGCUGCAGAAAUGUCCGACUGAGGAUGACGGCUCUGUGGAAUACGCUGUUGCCAAGGUCCACCAGUACCGCGUCGCCAUGACAGCCAAGGACUGCUCCAUCAUGGUCGCCCUGGUGCCCAGCAGUGAGGAAGAAGAGGACGAUGAAGGUCUCUCCAGUCAGAGGCGGCUCAGGGACUUCCUCUCCUCCAGACCUCCUGCUUUCUCUUACUCAGUCUCCAUUUUGGAUCUGGACCCGAAACCGUUUGACAGCAUCCCCCGCCAGCUGCGCCUGGACCAGAAGAUCGUCUCUUGCUACCUGAGGACUGGUGGAACCUUGCCAAAGGGCUCUCUGCCACCGCUCUCUGGCAUCUUCACAGCUGCAGAGAGAGAGGACUGCACGCUGCUCUUUCACCCUGUGUGAACACCUAACAAGAGCCGGACGACCCUAAGGACGAAGACUGAUGCCACGCUGAUGCCUCAAACGGAGUCGCCAUGUUGAUGCAGAGGUCGAGAAUCACUUCAGACCAAAGCUGUUGAUGGGAGACUUCCCUGCAGCACUUUGUCUUCACUCAGCUCAUGUCGACAGGUGUCAGCUCUGUCUGCUGCUGCUCAGCAAAUUUAAAAUCUCCAGGAAGUGACCACUCAACCACCAGAUGUGUGAGUGACUUCCAGAUAUUUCUGUUACUGAUCCAAGACUUUUUUUGUGUUGCUGUGGCGACCAACUUCUCGCUACUGUCAGGAGGUGAACCCCAACAUCACAGUUCCGUUCUGUCAUAAUUCAUAUUUAUGAGAGUUCGGACUAACCCCUCCGACAGGACUCUUUUUGUGGUUGUCAUGGCAACAGCAUAACUGUUCUCAUUCUCCGUGGCAACACUGCUGACAAUAAAGCUCUGAGAAGAGGAAAGAAGAGAGGAGAAUGAAAAUGAUGCAGAGUAAUGCAGGUUGUGUGCGUAGAUGUACGUAUGAUGUCAUUUCCUGAAUGUAGGCGGGGCCUCAGGUAGAGUUGGCACCGAGGCGAAGCCAAUAUGUUUGUCCAGGUUGAACUGGUGUUCUCUUAAACGUCACUAUGGUAACAGAAACACUGGUUACCAUAGUUACAGCCACAGAGGAGGGUCUGUGUGAGUCUCAGUUCUCUGCUGGACUCAGAGGAGGUUUUCAGUCCAACUCUUCACACUGAUCAUCUCAUAACUAUUUAAUUAACGAGAGCAGGUGAUGCAGCGUUGUGUUGUAUUGAAAACCUUCAUGAACCAGAACUGAGAGGUGACAGCGAGUGAUGCUUAUCCUCCUCGUUUGUUUUGUUUGACUCCUGUUCAGUUAUUAGCGGCACGUUAACACAUUUUCUCAUCAGGCAUUUUGUGCCGAUUGAAGGUCAAAUGUCGGUGACUUUUUCUUUAUCAGGGACGAGAGCGGAGUGUCGGUAAAGGGUCAGUUUACCCAAAUAAAACUGUUUAUCCUCUUCUCAGCCACAAUAAUUUACAGAUUACACUAUAUACAGUUUUUUUUUUUUAAAAAAAAAAAAUCAGUCUGUAUGGAGAAGUUCAACUGAAAGAGAAAAACCACACAUUGGCGACUUUAUUAGGUACACCUGUACAAUAGAAUGCAAUCCAGUACAACAGUACAAUCUUAAAUUUUGUCCAUAUUAAAGUUUAAAUGUUCAUUUUCUGUUGAUACUGUCAGAGAGAGGUUUUAUUAUACUGACAGGUAUUUCUAAUAUUUCGUCCACCCCAUUCACAAACAUGAGGGGGGCAGAUCUCAUAAUUCAGUCCAGUACACCAACACACCAUCUAACACCUCAGUAAUUAGCUUAUAGUUAAAUUAGCAGUUGAACAUUAUGAUUGCUCAGGGUAACACAGUGACGGGGCCGUUGUAUUGGAUUGCACUAGCUUAUACAGUUGUAGUCUUCUUAGUACUGUGUGUUUAUAUUUAGGUAUUUUGGGUGAACUAACCCUUUAAGGUCCAGCUGGGACCUCUGACCAUGUUGCUCUUGUAGGGUUCUUAAAACAUUUUUGUCCAGCUGCCUUUUUCUGUUCUGACAUAAAACCUCCUUUUGUGUUGAAAAGAAAAAGCACAUUAUUUUAACCUUUACUGUUGUCAGAACAACAUUCAUCGUGUUUUGUUAGAAGCAUUUUAGUAGUGGUCUAACUGGGAAUCCCCACUGGAGGUGAGAUACGAGUGGAGUGUAAGCGUUCUGUUAUCCAAUCCACACUGACUAGUUUUGUGCUAACCUGCUUUCACCUGGCUGACUGACAGCAGAAGUUUACUGAAGCUGAAAGACAGACUGGGAGCUCAUCGAUUAAAGGAUGUUUGUGUGAUUUUAACAACUACAUGUGCAGAUUACCCUUCACUAAUGUGACACAGAUAGACUUGAAGCUUAACAAAUGCGGAGGAUCAGUGUGGAUUGGUAAAUUUAACAAAUAAUGGACCUAAAAAAAGCCUCUAAAAAGCUUUCAGUGGGGAUUGGCCCUAACACUCCAGAUACGUAGCUUUGUAAAGGUACGGUUACAUUAUACUUCAAGUAUCUGCUCCAUCUCCUCUUCACAGUUGAAACUCAAACCAUCAAAACAGCCACGAGUUUGCCGUUUGGUGCGGACUCACAGGUCACAGUUCACCAUUGACCUGUGAUUUCACACCGUUGGCUGAUAGAAACACUGAUGCAGUGUGUCAUCACGCUACCAGACUUCACUGAACAGAAGACUAAUGUGACCGUACACUCGCAGAGCAGGAAGCAGAGCCAGAACAGAGGAUUUUGAAGUGAAGCUUUCUGUCUCUUCAGUUUGAUCUACUGUAGAUCAAUCUGACCCACCAGAGCAAAGGCUGCUGGGUAACAGAGAGCGGUCCUCGUCAGACAGGCCGAGCUUCAUGCUGCUGCUCCGCUGGUUUUUGUGCCAUAAGUGGCUUGUUGUGUGUUUGUCAGUGUGCCUAAAUGUUGUGGUAGGACUGGAGGGUGGUGGUGGUGGUGGGUGUGUGUGUGUGUGUGUGUGUGUGUGUGUGUGUGUGUGUGUGUUGAGAAACUCAAUUUGUUACAGGCUGCGUUCACAGCUGAGAUCUGAGACUGAUCUGCUGUGAUUUGUCUCGGUCGAGACUGACGGAUCAGUUUUGGAGCCGCUGUGGACGCAGCCGUGAACUCUCAGUACCUCGAACUCCUGACGACCCGAUCUGAAGCUCAACAGGGUCGUCUGAUGUUUGCAAAACGAUGCGUUCAGGAGUCGCUGGGAGGUUUCUGAGGACAGGGCGGUGAUGUCACCAGGAAUUGAAACUUGUACCCGGCUCUUUGUUUCCAUCAUCAGACGAGUGUUGACUUCAUUUUGAGGACUUAAGUCCAGAUGCUGUUUGUGUUCGGAUUAUCUCGGGUCUUUGUGUCAUCAGGUCCAAACCUGUUGUUUCCUCUCCUGGUGAUGUCAUCGUCCUCUUUAACCAGCAGCGCUCACGGAGGCUUCAGAUAAACUGGUAACACUUGACUUAAGUUCCUGUUUACAGUGUCCACUCUCCAACCUUCACCACCUCCAUCGGCCAAUCAAACGUCUCAAACAAAUCACACUACAAGACUGAAACUUCAGACGACAGUAAAUCCCUCACAUUCUGCUCUGAUCUCCAAACAUCAGGCAGAAGGUGAUGAAUGCCGUGUUUAUCAGCAGCAAGUAAACAUCUCUGUGACGUGAGUAAAUCACAUGUCCACCCAGUUAUCAGCAGGGUCACAUGGUCAACAACUCUGUUAAAUCCAAACACUAGAGAGAAUUAAAAAAAGACAGAUUUUAGUCUGUCAAUUAGAUUUCUCUUCAACUCAUUGUUACCCUGGACCUUGAUUUGACCAUUAACCAAUCACGUCACCCCCUUUUUUGACUGACACCUUAGAUGCCUGGUUGUCUGGGAGACGGAGGAGUUAAAAGGCUGGAGAGUGGACAGCAGUGAACUGAACCAACCACUGAUCGUUCUAACUGUUGAACUAAAGAUGCAACAGGCAGCACAGCAGGAAAGCAGAGGCUCAUGGGAGUUAAGAGGGAGGACGGUGGGAUAUUGUCUCUGAGUGAGACAAAGAUUUGAUGUCACCAUGACUUCCAUGUUUUUUUUUUGUUUGUUUUUUUUUUUACUUCUAAAAUUUACAAAUGUAACACCAAAACAUCCAAUCAACUUCAUCUUCAUCUGAACACGUGAUUUUCAUAAUGUUGUCAGUGUGAUCAUUAGAAAAAGUAGCCGCAGUUUGUGUCUCAACACGUUCUCAGAUUUAUGAGGGUUUUAUCAGACAGCUCAGGAAGGUUGUAUGACUGCAGCAUGAAAAUACAGUGUUGACAAUGCAACACUAUAACCGUUAAUUUAGCGUUCAGUUAUGUUAAAAGACCUGGCCGACAAAGACGGUAAUUUCAGCACGUCAUCAGUGUCGGUCGUUAUUGGCUUUUGGCUUUCAGAAUUGGCCAACAUGCGUUUUCUUAUUUUGAGCAAUGAAUAACGUCACAUACAUUGAAAAGUAUACAAUUUCAUGUCUCCAUCUGCUGGUGGGCCUUCAUGAUACGAGUCUGCAUGCAUAAUAUGAUGUUAAUUCACUACAGAAGAGACGUGAUGAUCACUGAAAUUAGGUGGGGAAAAAAAUAUAUCGACAUCGGUAUCGCUUAUUGGUCAAAUGAGUUGUUACAUAUUGGCACAACAGAUAUCGGCAAAAAAUCCAAUAUCCAAUAUUGUGGAGCUAUCAACUAUAUAAUACACUCUUUAUCAGGAGCUAAAGUGUGUUAGUUGUCGAACGUUUAAGUCAAGAUGGAUGAGAUGGAUGUGUGAUGAGGUCAAAAGCUCCAGAACAGGAGAGGAAAUGGACUCUGAGUUGAGAUUGCUUCUUCGUAUUGGUUCAUGUUGUAUAAGGUGGAUAAAGAUAUGUCAUUUCUUGCUACCAUCUUUCUGUAGAUUAGGUUGUGAGUUGCAAAAAAAAAGUUAAAAAAAAAAAAAACCAACAACAUUUUUAUCAUGCAGCAAUAGAAUAUUUUUUCAUCUGGGUAGAGAACCUUGAAGAAUUUUGGAAGAAGUGUUGUUGGGUGGAGAUUCAAUUGAUGAUAUUAAAAGGUGAGAGACACAAACUGGGGCUCAAUAAAACAUAGAGCUGACACAUUUUAAAAUAAAUGCCUUUAAGAUUAGGUUUAAGUUUACAGAGGAAACAAACUUUGUCCUCACUCUGAGACGAAGCCCUGACAGGUGAGCAGCAGUCUGAUUGGUCCGCUGCCUCUGCCUCCGCCUGCUGCCUGAGCGUCAGCCUGCAGAAACAUCACAGCACUGUGAUACCUACAGACUUAUAAUAACUGCGUGUGUGUAAAUAGCUGAGAGAAAAAAACUUAUUUGACAAUACAAAGGCGACACUGCUGUCUUGCAUUUUGUAUUUAAAUUAUUUAUUUUUGUAGAUUUUGACCAAUGAGCUCUGCUGUUACAUGUGUCACAGCCGUGCUCUUUCUAUUGAAUAAAGAUUUCUAAGAGACUAAA